CUUAGAGCUUCAUAUAACUCAUAUAAGCUUACAGAAGCUUCAGAGCCUGUAUCUUAAUGGUCUUCGAUCACCCUGUUUUUCUGGCUGAAUUAUUCAUGCAUCCUUAUCACACAAAUACCUGGUCCACUACAACCAGUUUAACCACUUCACAUGCAUGCUACAGCAGGGACCAGAUCAAGGCAGAAGAAACAGAGCAGGGUGGUAGUUACAGGGGUCACUCAUUACAUUUACUCAAAGUGCUGCAAUUCAGUCGCUUUUUUGUGUACUUUGAAGUUUUAAAAUCACUACCUUUACAAGGUAUAUUUUGGGAGAAGUUUUGGACUUCAUUAAAUUUUAAAAAGAAUCAAGCACUGAGUUAAAAUAAAAAACUAAACGCCAAAAACAAGGAGGUCCAAGCUUUCUGACACAAGAAAAUGGCCUGACAUUGGUUUUCACAACAAUGACAGUCAGCACAUAGAGAGAAUGAUCCAACUUAUUGAUCCAUAUUAUCGUGUAGUUACUGCACAUUAAGGAAAGGUUACUGCACAAGCUGUUUGGAUACAGACUGGCUUGUACGGGUAGAUGGAAGAUACAGAGAAAAACACUUUUGAGAAAACUGUGAAUUCAUCUCAGCUAGGAAGUGUUUGUGUCAUGUGUCUGUGUGAUGUGCAUAUUUGUGAGUUUGUGUGUGUUUACAGCUACUGUGAAGUAAAACUGUGUGAACUGUCAACCCAUACAUCUCUGAGUCAUUUUUGACCGUCAAAGACAACAAACACUAUUCAUUUUCAUAAAACACCCAUAAUUUUCUGUCGGGAUUGACAAUGUAUAGUUGGGAACCAUCCAUAUUAUUCUAAGGCAAGGAAAAAGAAGGAACCUGUAUCUACUUAAACAAAACAUUUGAAACCGAAUCAAAAAUUACCAGAGGACAACAUAAAGAUAAAAUGGAAUACUUACUUUUACUUUUACUUCUGCUUAGGUACAUUUUAACCAAAAUAACUGCUUUUAACUGUGCUUUUACUUGAGUAUAAUAGUCUGGUACUUUUCCCUGGCAAGUUUUUUUUCCUGCGUUUUUUUAAAAGACGUAAUAGAUGCAGAUAAACUCCGAAUAUGUAUAUGAUACACGUCCUCUGUUGAUGUGUGGCCCUAAAUUUGUCGCAUAUCAGGUUUUGGUCACCCACCCUAUACUGACCCGCAGGUGCUCACUACGCAUGCGCUAUUAUAAACUCUUUAAAUACCCCAAGUCAUCUGCCACAAUAAAACAUUCCGCUGUCAACCAACACACCGCUGAGCUGUUGUAAUUGCUGGCACACAGAGGAAGCUACAGAUGCAGCAGUAAUAUUUACUUUUGAAUACGUCACUUCUGUCACUGUCCAACGAGAACCUGGUUGAGUAAUAACGUAUCUGACCCGGAGUCGUAAAGGCUGUUCAGGGUGAAGUCGGGCGAGACGGACAGGAAAAAAACAAAGAUGGCUGUGUAGGCAGAGAGACGAGUCCCGGCUGAAGUGUCUCCCACCGCUGUUUUAAUCACCGACAGGUCCCGGGGGUGCAUCGGACAGUCAGCUGGUACCGGAGCAGGGACGGUAGACGAGCAGCCGAGCUGAGCCGCCGGUGUACACCGUUUGUUUCUGCUGUCAUUGCGAAUAACGGCGUCGAGAGUACAAGAACAACAACAACAGCUGAGAGCCUCCUGAGUUGUUUUUGUUCUGCUGGGCAGCGCGAGAGGACUGCUGUGUUUUUGUCAACGUAGCUAGCCGCAUAUCCGCUAGCCUCACUGUAAGUCAACAAAACUAGUCCACGUUUAAUUAAGUCAUCAUUACACUGUGCACAUGAUCUCGUUAUUACACAAUCAUUGGCUUGUUGUGUUCAUAAGUGGAGGGUAGCGUUAAUUACAUGAAGUUAGCCUGCUUUCCUUUCUGACAGUAGCGUUAGCCUAGCUAGCGUUAGCCAGCUGUCAGCUGACCGUUAGCUUGACAGGUUGUAAGCUAGCCCUGAGCUAACCUGCUUAUAUUUCGGCUCAGCCUGGUCGCAGCAGGUACAUCUCAGAGAUUUCUAGACAGCCGUCGCCAUGUCUUCACUGGAGGAGAGAGACGUGGGCGUAGCGGCCGCCCCCGGCUCCUCCUCGGCCGGCCUGGGGGUCGGGGCCGUGGGGGCAGCAGUGGAGGCUGUCGCUGGGGUGGCAGCCAUGCAGGAGGAGGUCGGAAUGCGGCGAGAAGGGCCCGAGCCUGACCCGGACGAGCCCCCCAAGAAGAGAGUGAAAGUUCCCGAAGGAGAGUCAGGAAAGCUGGAGGAGAGAUUGUACUCAGUGCUGUGCUGCACCGUGUGCCUAGACUUGCCCAAGGCGUCUGUAUAUCAGUGUACCAACGGACACCUGAUGUGUGCAGGCUGUUUUAUCCACCUCCUUGCUGAUUCUCGUCUAAAAGAGGAACAGGCUACGUGUCCAAAUUGCAGGUGUGAGAUCAGCAAGAACCUGUGCUGCAGGAACCUGGCUGUGGAGAAGGCUGUCAGUGAGCUGCCGACAGAGUGUACCUUCUGCUUAAAACAGUUCCCCCGCUCCAGUUUAGAGAGACACCAGAAAGAGGAGUGCCAAGACAGGGUGACGCAAUGUAAGUACAAGAGAAUUGGCUGUCCCUGGCAGGGUCCGUUCCACGAGCUGCCGGCACACGAGAGUGAGUGCUCCCAUCCCACUAAGACUGGUAUGGAGCUGAUGGGCAUACUGGGAGAGAUGGACCAGAGCCACCGCAGAGACAUGCAGCUCUACAACAGCAUCUUCAGUCUUCUGUGCUACGAGAAGAUCGGGUUUACAGAGGUUCAGUUCAGGCCGUACCGCACUGAUGACUUCAUCACUCGGCUGUACUAUGAAACCCCUCGCUUCACGGUCCUCAACCAGACGUGGGUGCUGAAGGCCCGCGUCAACGACUCUGAACGCAACCCCAACCUGUCCUGCAAGCGCACGCUCUCCUUUCAGCUCAUCCUCAAAAGCAAGGUCAACUCUGCGUUGGAGUGCUCCUUCCUGCUGCUGAAGGGGCCGUACGACGACGUGCGGAUCAAACCGGUCAUCCACCACCACUCCUUCAGCAACGAUGCCAACGAGACCGACUAUGUUCCCCUGCCCAUCUCCGACUCGGUGGAGUGCAACAAACUGCUGGCCGCCAAAAACAUCAACCUGCGCCUGUUCAUCUUCCAAGUCCAAAAAUGAAGAGAGACGAGGAGGAGGAGGAAAGAGGGCGAGGGGAGAGGAGUAAUGAAGAUUAAAGAGAGACACCACUGAACCACUGAUACCUCUUAACACUUACAAAUACAUGCAUACACUGGUACAUAAACAUUACACAGGGUAUACACACCUACACACACACACCACUAAUCACACUUACCUCCUUUUACACCAUAGUGACACCUGUUGCUCGGGGAGCUGUGAGUUGCUAUGGCGAUGGCUGGGCCUUGAUAUGGGAUGGACAAUGGAGGGUGGGGCUGAAACCUGCAGAAGGCACAGGUGGGCGUGUGCUGGGGGUGAGGAAGGGAGGGGGAUUCUGGGAUGGUUGUUGCGUACCUGUGGAGGCAUCCAGCCAAAGGUAGCACACACACCGACACACACACGCCGACCAAAGCAGGAUUUGCUGGGUGCAGUCGUUGCGUCCAUGUUUGUAUGUGUUGUGUGUAAAUAUCGAGACCUAGAGCGUGCUUUUAUUCUGAAAUGUCCCAAAGACGUGAUAAUGUGAAAAAUGAGUGGCUGACUCUGCUGAGCUGCUCUUUGGACAUAUGAAUGGAUGUUACGUGUGCGUGUCUUUCCCGUCUAAUGUUGACGUCUCAAACAGAAAAAGGACCCCCUUUCCUCCCAGUGACCCCCGUUACUCUCCAGCAAGAGGAGAGACGUCCCAGAUUAUUUUAGCCCUCCAGCUGUGGUUUUAUUUAACCUUAAACACUAAUAACAUUUUAUUUCUCUUAACCCUGAAUAUUUAAAGACCUGUGAACUUUUAUUCUUUUUAGUCGGGUAUUUAGCCUGUGACUGGUUGCCUUUAUGUGCGUGUGUGUGCAAACAGGUGAUAACGGUGAGAUUUUGUCUCUUUGUUAAAAGCAGUACAAUCUUUAAGGACAUGAGAAGCAAGGAUCUUCAGGGCCCCAAAAAGCUAAGACUUACUGCAUGUUGUUGGUUUCUCAAUUUUAGAUUUUUAUCCUUUUUAUAAGAAGUUUUGCCCUUGAAUUACAAUGUCGUAAUCUUACUUUGACAUCUUUAUUAUGUAAGUCAGUGGUUCCCAACCUGGUGUCUGGGCACUCCUAGGAGGGUCCCUGUCAGCUCUGAUGUUGUCAAAAUUAGAUGUGCAUAUAUUUUAAAAUAAAGUCAUGAUUGAAAACAUAAUGAGCGACGGCAUAUUUGAGCCACUCAGUAUGAGCAUUUGACCCUGGCAUUUCUUAGUACAAACUGGAUCCUUAUCCCAAAUUAAACACAUGAUUACUCCACCAUCCCUUUGUCCUCUGUCACUGAUCUACCCCCAAACUAUAACGAAGUGAAGAAAGAAAUACCAUGCAAAUAAAAUGAUGUGUAUUCAGUCAGUUUUCGCUGAGGACCUGUUUACACAACAUUUUCAGGUGUAAGCACAAAAUUUAGUUAACAUUUUGGAAACGAGCUCCAGAGUAAAAAGUUUUCAAAACAACCCAUGCAAGGCUGCCCAUAAGUGGGGAUAAAUGAGAGAGCUUUCUGGGGCCCAGCCAAAUGGAGCAACAAGAAUUUUAUUUAUUUAUGUUGGAGUACAGUAUUGCCUUUUCAAAAUGUGAACCCAUUUUCUUAAAACAGAUUUACCUUCUUUGGUAAUGUUUACAAUGUGGAUGGGCACGCUGAACUAAGCCAUUUGAAAAGUAAUGUUAGACUUCAUAGCUAAGCUAUAAUGUGCUCAAACAUCAGGAUACCAGAGAAUAAAGUAGGACAGAUUGAGAUCGCUUAAAGGGGAAAAAAAAAAAAAAAAGCAAAAGAAAGGUAAAAAUGGGUUCAAUGUCCAAAAUUUGGCCAAAAGGGGCAAGAAUGUGCAGCUAAAACAGCAAAAAGUGGCAGAAAUAAGUGGUAAAAUUUGGUCAAAAGUGGCAAAAAUAAAUUAGAAGGAGUAGAAAAGGGAUGAAGCGGGACAUAUGAGAUUAGAAAGUAAAAAAUUGGCAAAAAUGAAUUCAAAAUGGCUUAAAGUUGCAAAAAUUGGCUAAAAGUGGCAAGAAUGGGUUUAAUGGAAAAACAGAUGUGGCAAAAUGGGCAGAAAAGGGGAUAAAAACUGGUUAAAAAUGGCAUGAAUGAAUAGUUUGAACAUCACAACCCAAUAAUAGUUUGCCACACGUUUUAGCUUUAAAAUGAAGUAACUGUUACUUUUGGGUUUUUCAGGGGUUCAGUCGAUUCUCCAUUCUCCAUGUAGACAGGCAAGACUUGUCUGAAAACGCACAUGCACACUACAGUUGCAGUCAGAUUUUACUCAGCCCACCAGGCAGAUACCCCAUUUGCCAGAUUACCAGUCCAGUCCUAGAGCCCUUUUAGAUAAAAUAAGAUUUUAGAUUAUAAAGUCUCUUCCAUAUCAUUGGCUAUUUUUUACUUUAAAAUCUCAGAAAUUGUACCUUUUGACUUUUAAACUAAACAUCAUUUGAGAUUUUUCCUGCAAGUUUUCAACUUUUAAAACUUAAAGAUAGGAUGUUUUUUCCCUAAAAAAUUAACAGAUCCUCUUUAUUAUUUAGAGUAUCCCUUGCAUGCCAUUUUGAUAAAGGAUACCUGACAGAUCUUUUAGCAAGCACAUGUAUUUUUAGGCCUGUUGUUUUGGGGUUUUGUCAAUGAAAACAAUUAAAACUGUUGUUUGAUUUUCUAAGUGGGUCCAGGGGGGCCUUAGCUUUUCUCGGAUACAACAAAAGGGCCUUUAUGAAAAAAGGUUGGGAACCACUGAUGUAUCAUGUUCAAUUAAGGCAUUUCCUCCUAUCUAUUUUUUCCAUUUUUUUAUUUAACAAUUUUGAUUUAUUCUAAUAAAGUAGAGAAGCUUUUUAAAGCUGUAUAUGUAAGACAAGGGUUGUUUUUAGGUUCUUUUCUCUGUAACAAGAAAUUGAAGCACAGAAACUCCCAGUCAAAGAGCGAGAGACGGCUGAUAUGAUGAUUUUACUGUUAAAUGUCUCUUUAGUUUGCAUUUUGAUCCCAGUGUCUUAAAACAGAUGAGUUAACAGUUUAUUUUCAAGGCUGGGAAGUAUUCAUCAUCAGGAAAGGCCUCAGAAAUGCUCAAAUGGCUGUUUUUAGUGAUUAUAUAAUUAAUUUUCAACACAAUUUCUGGGUGUUUCUUUGCCUUUAUGUUUUUUUCCCCUUAAUUGAUCAUUUUGAUCCAAUCAACAUUUAUACAACUCAAAUUAUAAAUAAAAUCACCAGCUUUGAUUAGACAUUUUAUUACAGAGGCAUUAAAUUUUAGUAGUUUUUAUUGAUGAAAUUUCCAAAAAUUAACCAACAUGGACAGAAGAAACCUGGUUUAGGUGAGACUGCAGUAAAAGGGUUGUUCCAUAGUUGUCCAGAUCUUUUUUAAAGGGCAACUGGACUCAGCUGACCACCCAGUCCAUUAACAAGGAGGAGGCUAUAAAUUCCAACUUUGGCCCCAGUCACAGUAGGACUGAAGAAGCCUUUUGGAGGACAGACAAAACGUCUUCAGUAACAUCAAACAAGUCCAGUUGCCCUUUUGAGAAGGAUUUGGAUGAAUGAGAACCUACAGACAUUUUGUUCUCAGCCAUUUAUAAACAAAACCAAGAAAAACAGCAGCAGCAAAGGGGCGCAGAGUGUCGAGGUGAUGUGGACUGCUCCUUCUCUAAAGAUGUUACUGAGGAUCAGACUUUAGGGUGCUGUUGGAGUGUGUGUGUGUGUGUGUGUGUGUGAGAGUGUGUGUGUGUCAGGGGGGUUUUAACGUUACCACAGUGACAUAUUAGUGUUAGACUUACUUGAAUGAGAAGAUGUUACUUGCGUAGAUUCUACUGUAAAGCAGAUAGAUCUCUCUCCUCCUGACCCCUGCGUCCUGUAUUUCUGUGUUUUGAUGCUUCGUCUCGAUGCCGGUGGACUCACUCAUCUCACUUUGGCUGUACAUGUGCCUUUUAUUAAAGAUCAUGGAACCUGC